CUUGUUGCCACAUUAACCCCACCAAGAAUCGAGCUUUGGCACGCAAGGAUGUUAGUUUUUCUUAUUUUUUAGAAAGUAAUUUGUUUUAUUUUCACAAGUGAAAGAAAACAAAAUCUGGGAUUUCGUUGUCUCUUAUGCAAUUUCAAGCUGUUCAAGGGUUUUGGAAUUUUGAUACCUUCAUGGUCUAUAUUUUUCUCUUUUAUUGUGUAUGGUGUUGUGCUUGGAACAGAUAAUGAAGGAGUGGAAGCAAAAAGGAAGAAUCUUUAUCAAGGGUGAAUUUGUAGAUUGUGCUUCAUUGAUUCAAGCAUUAAGUAAAAGGAGAUUGCCUCACCUAGCUCAAGAGCUUUUGGUAGAGAUGAAAUCUGAGGGUUUGGCACCAAACAAUUCAACCCUUUGUGCUUUGAUGCUCUGUUACGCAGAAAAUGAAUUUUUUUCGCAAUCUGAGGGGGUAUGGGAUGAAAUGUUAAAUAGUUCUUGGGUUCCCAGUAUUCAAAUAGUUUCAGAAUUAAUGGACGCUUAUGCAAAGAUGGGACAUUUUGACAAAGUGAAGAGAAUUAUGGAUCAGGUAAUUUCGAGAAACUUUGACUUUGUACCUGACCUGUACUCAGUGGCUAUCUCUUGCUUUGGAAAGCUAGGGAAGCUUGAGUUAAUGGAGAAUACGCUGAAGGAAAUGGUUGCAAGGGGUUUCCCUGUAGACUCUGCCACUGGAAACACUUUUAUUAGAUAUUAUAGCAUUUUUGGUUCCUUGACAGAGAUGGAGACGUCUUAUGGUCGUCUCAAAAGGUCUAGACAUCUUAUAGAGGAAGAAGGAAUAAGGGCAAUGUCAAUUGCUUAUAUAAGGGAAAGAAAGUUUUAUAGAUUGAGUGAGUUCUUGAGGGAUGUUGGUCUUGAGAGAAGAAAUGUGGGCAAUCUCUUAUGGAAUCUUUUGCUGCUCUCUUUUGCCGUCAAUUUCAAAAUGAAAACAUUGCAAAGGGAAUUUAUUAGAAUGUUGGAUGCUGGUUUCGGUCCUGAUCUUACUACAUUUAAUAUACGAGCUCUGGCCUUCUCAAGAAUGAAUUUGUUCUGGGAUCUUCAUCUCAGCCUUGAACAUAUGAAACAUGAAAGUGUUGUUUCUGACUUGGUUACUUAUGGUUGUCUUGUUGAUGCUUACUUGGAUAGAAGACUUGCAAAAAAUUUGAACUUUGCUCUCAACAAAAUGAAUGUGGAUGAUUCUCCGCUUGUGUCAACGGAUCCACUUGUGUUUGAGGCUAUGGGUAAAGGGGACUUCCACUUAAGCUCAGAGGCAGUUAUGGAAUUUAACAGACAAAAGAAAUGGACUUACAGACAGCUGAUUGCAAUCUAUCUCAAAAAACAAUACAGAAGGAAACAGAUUUUUUGGAAUUACUGAUCGGUAGCUGGCUGUGUGGUUUAUGGUGAUAUCAUGUCCUCUUGUCUGAAUGACAUUAUGCUUCAUUACAGUGCUUAUGCUCAGUUCAUAAAAUUUGAGAUUUUGGUAGUGAUUACUCCCUUUUGGCGAAGAGAUGGAACUCGGAAUUGUACCCAGAUGUAUCUGCAUGAAGCAUCAGAAUGGAUGAAAGACUUCUCUGGCUUGAACAUCAAAUUGUUUUUUAUAUGAUCUUGUAACAUCAUUGUUGACAGCUGUUAUAUUGACGUGGUUCCCAGCUGCAGGCAUGAGAGGUAAAACA